AUGAACGUCUUUUAUGAGUGGAUUGUAUCAGCAACAAACAACAGCAUUCAUAUCUUUGGUGCCAUAUCAACCCUCAUCCUCAUCCAUCUGGUGCUUCCCAUUGCCUGCAAUUUGGUGAACCUCCUGAAACAAGAUCCGCCAUCGAUCGAUCAUGUCAGCAACAAGGAGCAGGUUUAUACCUUUGGCGUCAGCAAGCUUUUGAUCAUCUCGUGGUUACGAUUAUCGGCAAUUCCUUUGAUGGAUCUCUACAACUAUACGCGUCUUAUGGAUGGACCAUGUCAUCAACAAGCAAUGAGAACCCGCGUUGACAUCUUUGGUGUUACCAAGGUCAUUUAUGCAUCUCCUCAAGGCAUUCAUCGUCAAGCUGCAUUCGAUUUCCAAUGA